CACCGCGCGCACUGACUGUGUGGCUCUCCUCUCAUUGCACCCAAACUCGCGCCGGUCGAUGUCUCCUGCGCUCCUCCGCAUCGAGUUCUGAGACUAGAAGUACACGAAACGUCAGCGUCAAACUCUGGAGUCCUUACUGUCGGUUCUAGAAGACUUUACCGUUGUUCUACAUUCUCUCUCUACCUCGUUGAAAGUUGGAUUAUGAGCGCAGCUCGUUCGGCAGGAUAUAGUCCGUUUUCCAGCGGUUCCUCAGAAGAUGACCAGUGGUGCAACUGAGAUUAGGGAACAGCGAAAGGAGGUCGAUGCUGCCAAAGGUGGAGUGGUCCCCAGGUAAAGCCCUCCUAUGAGGUGAGGUUAAGGUGACCCCUGACCCCGCUCACACAGCGCCCCUCCACCAGGCAGCAGGACUAAGGGAUGUCACGGGGCUUCCUACUGCUCACACUGCUCACAGUCUUCUCCAGCAUCCAAGUGUCCCCAGCUAAGCCAUUAAAGGCGUUGAUGCAGAGAUGGGUGAUGUACACGGAGGAGUGUAGCCGCAAUCACAGCCGAGAACCGGCGCUCACUGGUGUUGUGUGUAACAGGACCUUUGACAUGUAUGCCUGCUGGCCCGAUGGACUCGCCAACUCUACUGUCAGUGUGUCCUGUCCCUGGUACCUGCCCUGGCACCACAAAGUCCAGCAUGGUUCGGUGUACAGGGAGUGUGACGCGGACGGCCAGUGGGUUCCCCAGAAGAACACGAGCGAGUGUGAUGCUAAUGAUCCUGCUCAGCCUCACUAUGGUCAGAUCCUCAAGAAGUUCCGGACCAUGUACACCGUGGGCUACUCUCUGUCUCUGGGGGCUCUGGUGUUAGCGCUCGGAAUCCUGAUCACUUUCAGGAAGCUCCACUGUAUGAGGAACAACAUCCACAUGAACCUGUUUGCAUCCUUCAUCCUGCGUGCUCUGUCCAUCCUGAUAAAGGACGCCAUGUUAGAGGCUCCCAGCGUCAACAUCGGACAGGACCAGGAUGUUACAGCUAUGAGGUGGAGUGGCUCGUCCAACCAGACGGCGGUGGGGUGUCGUAUCGCCGUGGUGAUGAUGCAGUACAGUAUCAUGGCUAACAGCUAUUGGCUGCUGGUGGAAGGCAUCUACCUCCACAACCUGCUGGUCAUCACCGUGUUCACUGAGAGAAACUACUUCAACAUCUACCUGUGUAUCGGCUGGG